CUCUCCAGUGCUGCUGCUGUGGAGCCUUGGAGGAGGAGGCGGUGGUCGUGUUAUUGAGCGGCCCGGCGGUGGAAGUUGCGCUGCAGGGGUGGGACUUUCUUUCUGCAGUCGGUCGGUCGGGGGGUGAGCUUCGACUCACACAGAAAUGCCUCUGGCAGCAGCUUUCCAGACUCCAGCGAGCAGCAGCAGCAGCAACAGCAACAGAAACAGACGGGCACCUCGGAGCUGAAGAUAAACACUCCUCCUCCUCCUCUUCCUCUCCUUCAUCCCUCUGCUCCUUCUCCCUCCUCUCCAGCUGGCCGCGUCUGAAAAGCUUCUGGAUGCGCUGAAACGGGAGGAGUGAGAACGCCGUUUCCCUCCCCUCCUCCUCCUCCCCCCGGGAUACACAGACCGGACCGGCGCCGGUGUCAUUGGAUGGAGAGAGGCGCCUGAAGAAGGGAGAGCGGUGGAGUUGGUUUACCCCCUCCUCCUCCUCCUCCUCCUCCUCCUGCUCCUUCCUCCCUACUGCACCAAAAGAAAACUCCGGGCUGGCUGCAGCACCAUGUCCUCGGCUCAAAGUGGGGAUAUAUCAGGCUACCAUCUGAGUGUGGUGCGUAACCCGCCGGGCUGGGAGGUGGGCAUCUACCUAGUGGGCUUCUUCGUGCUGCUGGGUGUGGCCGGACUCAACAUCUGGAAGCUGUGGAAGUCUGGAACCUUCCCCACGCCGUCUCCCUUCCCCAACUUUGACUAUCGAUACCUGCAAGAAAAAUAUGGAACCUCCUUCUCAGAAGUCAGACAAAAGAGAGUGGCGGCCAACAACCACCGGCGGACCUCCACCACUUCCAGCCGCAAGCCCAGCUUGGCCCUCGGUGACACCCCGGAUGGCCUCAGGGACCUGGGCCACCUGGAGCUGAUGAGCAGGGAGCUGGACCCAACAGGCAUGGCCCAGCUCAACCGCUCCAUCUCCACCGAUUCCCUCAGCUCAAUCUCCUCCAUCGCCAACAACUUUGGCCAUGACUUCACGGUCGGCCAGCUGGAGGUGACACUCGAGUUUGAGCCAUCCAGGCAGCCUGGCCAGGGGGUGGGAAUGCUGCACAUCACUCUGCACCAGGGCAAAGACCUGCUGGAGAGGGAGGAAGGAGACUUCCCCGGCUGCUUCAUCAGAGUCUCCCUGGGGCCAGAGGAGCUAAAUGUUGGAGUCACACGGGUCCAGACAAAUGCAUUCACCGUGAUUUUUGAUGAGCGUUUCUCCAUCCCCAUGGACUUGUCCUCUUUGGAUGAGUACAGCCUGCGUUUUGCCGCCUUUGGUAUUGAUGCCGAUGAGAGAAACAUCAGCGCAGGAGUGGCAGAGCUCAAGCUGUCAGACCUGGACCUGACCAUCAGACCGUUCAACGCUUGGCUCUACCUUCAAGAUGUCAAUAAGGCUGUUGAUGCAGUUGGGGAGAUCCUCUUGUCUCUAAGCUAUUUACCGACGGCAGAGCGCCUCACUGUGGUUGUGGCCAAGUGCAAAAACCUGGUCUGGACCAACGGCAAGAACACUGCAGAUCCGUUUGUCAAAGUUUAUCUACUGCAAGACGGCAGGAAGAUCAGCAAGAAGAAGACUUCCACCAAGAGGGACGACACAAACCCCAUCUUCAAUGAAGCCAUGAUCUUCUCUGUGCCAUCCAUCGUCCUGCAGGAACUCUCCCUGAGGGUGACAGUGGCAGAGGCCACAGACGAUGGCAGGGGCGAGAACCUGGGUCACGUGAUCAUCGGCCCCGAGGCUAGCGGGAUGGGGAUCACCCACUGGAACCAGAUGUUGGCCACCCUGAGGAAGCCCGUGUCCAUGUGGCACCCUCUACGCAGGAUCUAGUCCUUGUCUGCCCUCAUGCAUAACCAGACCUGUUUCAAGUAAAACACUUGCCUCUUCAUUUUCCUUUGAACUCUCCCCUUGUCUGGUGCCAUGCUCAAAUCUGUUGCACUGUUUUAGGAAGAUAUGAGUUUACAUUGUGACCCACAGGAGGAUACUGUGUGUUGUCUAUGUUGCUCUGGUGGCUUUUUUUCUGGUAAGUAACAAAUUGGAGUAAACACCUCAUCUUUAUGUAAGGGGAAGGAAUCUGAAAAGCAAGUGUUUGACCCUGAACCUGGUGUAUCUGGGUGUAUAUGGAUCAAUUAUACAUUUAAAUCCUCUCUGUAUUAUUUGGCUUCACUCUGGUUUGGAUGCACUAUGGUUGAGGGUGGUGCUAAGAAAGGAGGAGUCCAUGUCCUAAAUUACCCCCCAGGAACUCAUCCUCUUGGUUUGAGAAUUAGUCCGAUUCCCUCUCAAAAGUCCUGAUCAGAAAUUUCAGUUUGGACUUUGAAGUGAGUUUUAAUUAGAUGCAUGGUGCCUACUCUGGUUGUAGCCUAUUAUAGCUGUCUAGGAAUGAACGACGGAUGGAGGGGUGAGAUUCUUUCUCUUUCAGGAAAAUUCUUGUUUGUCUUUUCAAACCAGUCAUUGAUUGUACCCACCUGAUUGAUUUGCUUGUGUACUUAGUUGACAGUGAGAUUGACAAAUAAUAAUGGAGAUUUUAGUAUGUUCUGUAUUUAUUGUGCUUUUGAAAAAAAAAUCCAGGUACUCUUAUCCAGGUGAAAUAAUUGUAAUUUGUAGCAGUUGUUACAGGGUGGCCAAAUCAGAUGUAAUCAGCAUAUAGAUAUCAUGUUACAUUGUUCUAUUUUUACCAUAAUUAAUGCAAUACUAGUUGCAUAAGCAUAUUAAACAGUGUAAAUAGUGUACUACAACAGUCUUCUCAUUGCCAUUUUUUUCUGUACAAUCUGAGUGAAAAUCAUGUUUUUCAUAGUAUUACACUUUAAUAAAUAUCAAACUCCAAGUUCAUUUACACACUAUAUUUAACACCAAUAUCGUUGCUGAUCAAUGAAUUAUUAUUAAAACACCUCUGGGAAUUUAACUUGGUGAUGUUAAGUAUACUAACCCCUUUAAAUGGGUUUACACUUUCUUUUAUGUUAGAGGAACACCUUGAUAUUCUGAAUUCAUCUGUAGUUCUAUUUCACACGGCCCUUGUCACACUCAUUUUAGCUUUUGUCGCUUAGCUACCUGCAGACUUCCCGUUAGCAGUGGGGGCAAUCCUAGUUGAAACCACUUUGCAGCUUGAAGUUUGAAUGGUAAUAUUGCUAUAAAGUUUUUUUGUUUAUUUGUUAAAAUUAAGAUAAUGUGACAAGAGUCUCGUAAAAGUCAGAAUGUCAAGGUGGAUUUUUAUCUGUCUUAGAUAUUCUCUAAAACAUUGUGCAAUAGUGCUGUUUUGUUGUAACUUUUGGAUGUGAAUUAUCAUGUGAAAUAUCUGCUAACUAAGUAUCAUCAGCCUUAUGCAUUGUUGUGAUUUUUGUUUUUGUUGUUUUUAUUUUUUUUCCAGCAGAACCUACUCUACAUUUUUGGUCAAAAUCUAACCACAUUCCUCACCUCACUUUGAAGUCCAAAAAUAACACACCUGUGGUCAUGUAAUAGACAAUAUUUCCUACUGUGCCAAAUAAUGAAGCAAUAUUUUCAUUUACAAUCAGCAUUUGCAUUCAGUUCAACAAAGCUGUAGCCUACAUUCAACCAUGCAUGAAGUUAUUUAGCACUUGAUGUGAAUGUGCCUCAAGAAUACAGUGUAUUGUGUGAAUGCUGUUUGAAAUAAAAGCAAUUCAACAGUA